AUGAGCGGUAAAAAUGCGCCGGAGUUCAAGCUGAGCCAAUGUUUUGGCGACUGCUCACCAGCCGAGGAAGCAACGCAAGCGGAUAUCCUUUCCACGGUUAGUUUUGACGAUUCCGGAGAGUAUUUCGCAACGGGGGACCGAGGGGGGAGAGUCGUGAUAUUCAAGAAGAGUGGAGGCAAGGCAAAGAUGCACUCUUGCGGCAAAGUGCGACGAAGCAGUGACUUCAAGUUCUUCACUGAAUUUCAGUCCCAUGAAGCCGAGUUCGACUACCUCAAAAGUCUGGAAAUAGAGGAGAAAAUCAACGCAAUAAAAUGGUGCCCAAGAGUCAACGACGCGCUCUUCCUUCUGGCUACGAACGAUAAAACAGUAAAACUGUGGAAGGUCCGCGAGAAGCAAAUGAAGAAAGUCACGACCACCAUGCCGAACGCGGUCAGGGAAGGGAUCGGACGACGCAAAGGGGCAUUGACAUUACCACAAGUGUCCGUAGCUGGAACGGCGGUAACGACAAGCCUUCGUAGAGUGUUCGCGAAUGCGCAUACAUACCACGUGAACUCGGUAGACCCGAACAGUGAUGGAGAGCACUUCAUUUCUGCAGACGACCUGCGGAUAAACAUGUGGAACCUGGAAAUCACCGAUAGGAGUUUCAACAUCCUGGAUAUGAAGCCCAAGAGUAUGGAAGAGCUUACGGAGGUUAUCACGGCGGCGACGUUUCACCCGUCACACUGUAACGUGUUUUUGUAUAGCAGCAGUCGUGGGUGCAUCAAAAUGGGCGACAUGAGAGCAUCCGCUCUGUGUGAUAAGCAUGCAAAAGUCUUGGAGAAACCAGCCGAGCCCUCGGCACAAUCGUUCUUUUCGGAGAUCGUGGCGUCUAUUUCGGACAUCAAGAGUACCUCCGAUGGUCGUUACAUCGUUUCGAGAGACUACAUGACACUGAAGCUAUGGGACGUCAACAUGGAAGCGAGGCCAGUGAAAACAAUAAACGUCCACGAACAUCUGCGCCCUCAGCUUUGCAAUCUAUACGAAUCCGAUUGCAUAUUCGACAAGUUCGAGUGUGCCGUGAGUGGAGACGCGAGCAACGUGCUCACGGGCUCGUACAGCAACAUGUGUCAUAUGUAUGACCGAUAUGGGCAGGCGAUGGCAUCGAUCGAGGCGAUAUGCGCUUUGUGA